AUGCAUGCACGUCGCGGAGUGGUGGACAGUGCUGUGGCGGUCGUCCUUCUCUUCGCCCUCGCCCUCGCCCUCGUGGCCCCGCCGCUGCCUGUCUCGGCGUCGCGGGCGUUUCCGGCUGGCCAAGACGGGCAGGACGGACAUGUUGGCCAAGACGCACAGGACGGACAUGAGCUGGUCGUUGCCACGACAGUGGUGGCAAGCUCGUCGUUGACUGCGUAUGUGGCGCCCGAUGGGUCAGACUCGCCGUCGUGUGGGCCGCCGUCGCUGCCGUGCGCAAGCAUCGGAUACGCGUUCAACAUCUCGCGCGAGGGCCUUCCCACGGCGUCCGGUCUGACGCUGAGUCUGGCGCCCGGCGUGUAUGAGGGCGGCGACAACUGUGGGUUGGCACCGUCUCUGGCGCAGCUGGCCUCGCUUCGCCGACUCACCAUCGAGUGCAGCGGCGGAAGUCGUGCCGGCGCGAGCUGCGCCCGCAUAUCCUGCCCGCACGCCCCGUUCUUCCUCUGGCUGACCAAUUGUCUCGAGACAACGUACCUGCUCGAGGUGACGCUUGCGGCCCUCACGAUCUCACAUGGCGGUUUGGCGCUGGCACCGGCCGCCCGUGCCGAUGUCGGCGGCGUCUUUAUCGACUGGCCGUCGCAGCUCACCGCCGAUGACAUCAAGUUUGAGGGCAACGUGGGUCGUCUCGCUGGUGGCCUGUGGCUGGGUUCGGGUGCCGGUCCGCAUACGCUUUCUCGCGUCACGUUUGUGGACAACGCGGCGACAGAGAGUCUGGUUCCUGGGUUUGAGGCUGGCGGCGCCGAACUGAUAUCGGGCGGCGGCGGGCUCCGUGUCGAGCCGGCGUCGCACUCCCGCCGAGUGGUGUUUCAGCUCACAGCCUCGACCUUUACCAACAACACCGCCGGGACCGGUGGCGGCCUCGGCCUACUCGGCCUCGCCAACAUGUUUGUGGCCGACACAGUCUUUACCGCAAACACUGCAGCAUUUGGUGGUGGGCUCUACACCCGUAACAUGUACGCCCACCGCAGCUCGGGUGCUGCGCUGGUCAACUCGACCUUUGCCGGCAACUCGGCGUUGAUCGGUGGUGGGCUGGCCGUUAUGGGCGGUUCCGGCCAGGCCAACGAGUGCCGCCUCGUCCGCAACGAGGCUAGUGUCUACGGCGGUGCCCUUUAUCUCGCGUACUCGGGCACGCUCAACAUGACUGCCGCGGUAGUGACGGGCAACUCUGCCGGCAAACGUGGAGGCGGCGUCUUUGCAGUCUACUCGGAAGGCCUGGUCCUCUUCUCGAGCACGGUCGAGGCCAACAAGGUGGCGAGUCGCAGCUCCAGCUUUGACACCCGCGGCUCGGCCGGCUACCUGGCGCAUGUCGACGGCAUGGCGGCAUUUCCGGGCACGCUCCUGGCAGGCGACGACGCGCUAUUCUGCGACCAUGCGACGUCCAAGUCCGGCUGUGUACCCUGCCACGCCGAUGCGUGCGCUGUGUGCUUCGCCCGUGACACCGGAUGCGUAGCGAGUAGCGGGGCAGGGCGCGGGCCGGUGGUGUGCGCCACGCUCUCGCCAAGCGCGUUUGCGGACAACGCGGUGACCGGCGAGCCCGGCUCGCUGCAAGCGUGCUCGUGUGCCGACACCGACUCUGCGUGCUCGGGUGCAGGAGCGUGCUGGUGGGACUUUGGUGAUGACGGCUACUGCAUGUGCACAGACUCGCGGACGGGAGCGACGUGCUCGCUGCCACGCAAGCUCAUCCUGAUCUUCUCAGCCGUGCUGGUGGGAGUCGUCGCCGCAGCGGCGCUCGCUCUCUGCACCAUGCACGGCCGGCUGGUGUGGCACGGCCGGCGGCAGCGGCGGAGCCACGAGCUGCUCGUCAACUGA